AAACAUUUCAGCAACUUGGCUGCAGACUGCUGUGCAGGGCAGGGAAGCUCCAGGCAGACAGCCCAGCAAACAACAGCACGCAGCUGAAAGGAAGACUCAGAGGAGACAGCUGAAGAAGGAAAGUGGCGAUGGACCUCAUCCCAAAUUUGGCCAUGGAAACCUGGCUUCUCCUGGCUGUCAGCCUGGUGCUCCUCUAUCUGAUGAGAAUCCCCAAAUCAGGGAAGAGUCCACUUACUAAAUAGAUAUAAGAGAAUGAAGUGUCCUGGAACAAUUCCUGCCUGAACCUCUCAGGAGCAUUUGAGGACAUUUCUCAAGUAUUCACUCUAGGACUGGGACUAUGCAGACUUCAGCUGCUUUCAGCUAUGGGACUUUUAGGGGUCUCAGAGUAGAGUCAGGAAAGGACCUGAUGAGUGAAUGCAAUUACUGCCAUUGGAGUUGCUGUUAUUAUUUAUCGUAUACGGGACCCGUUCAUAUGGACUUUUUAAGAGACAGGGAAUUCCAGGGCCCACACCUCUGCCUUUUUUGGGAAAUAUUUUGUCCUAUCGUCAGGGUCUCUGGAAAUUUGACACAGAAUGUUAUAAAAAGUAUGGAAAAAUGUGGAGAACGCAAGAUGGUCAACUCCCUGUGCUGACCAUCACAGAUCCCGACAUGAUCAAAACAGUGCUAGUGAAAGAAUGUUAUUCUGUCUUCACAAAUCGAAGGCCUUUUGGUCCAGUGGGACUUAUGAAAAGUGCCAUCUCUAUAGCUGAGGAUGAAGAAUGGAAGAGAAUACGGUCAUUGCUGUCUCCAACCUUCACCAGCGGAAAACUCAAGGAGAUGUUCCCCAUCAUUGCCCAGUAUGGAGAUGUGUUGGUGAGAAACUUGAGGCGGGAAGCAGAGAAAGGCAAGCCUGUCACCCUGAAAGACAUCUUUGGGGCCUACAGCAUGGAUGUGAUCACUAGCACAUCAUUUGGAGUGAACAUCGACUCUCUCAACAAUCCAAAAGACCCCUUUGUGGAAAGCGUUAAGAAGUUCCUAAAAUUUGAUUUCUUAAAUCCAUUAUUUCUCUUAGCAAUACUCUUUCCAUUCCUUACCCCAGCUUUUGACGCAUUAAAUGUCUCUGUGUUUCCAAAAGAUGCCAUAAAUUUUUUUAAUAAAUCUGUAAACAGCAUGAAAAAAAGUCGCCUCAACAACAAACAAAAGCACCGAGUGGAUUUCCUUCAGCUGAUGAUUGACUCUCAGAAUUCAAAAGAAACUGAGUCCCACAAAGCUCUGUCUGAUCAGGAGCUCGUGGCCCAAUCAAUUAUCUUCAUUUUUGCUGGCUAUGAAACCACCAGCAGUGUUCUUUCCUUCAUUAUAUAUGAACUGGCCACUCACCCUGAUGUCCAGCAGAAACUGCAGGAGGAGAUUGAUGCAGUUUUGCCCAAUAAGGCACCUGCCACCUACGAUGCCCUGGUACAGAUGGAGUACCUUGACAUGGUGGUGAACGAAACACUCAGAUUAUUCCCAAUUGCUGUUAGACUUGAGAGGGCCUGCAAGAAAGAUGUUGAAAUCAAUGGGGUGUUCAUUCCCAAAGGGGCAAUAGUGGUGAUUCCAACCUAUGUUCUUCACCAUGACCCAAAGUACUGGACAGAGCCUGAGGAGUUCCGCCCUGAAAGGUUCAGUAAGAAGAACAAGGACAGCAUAGAUCCUUACAUAUACACACCCUUUGGAACUGGACCCAGAAACUGCAUUGGCAUGAGGUUUGCUCUCAUGAACAUGAAACUUGCUAUAAUCAAAGUCCUUCAGAACUUCUCCUUCAAACCUUGUAAAGAAACACAGAUCCCCUUGAAAUUAGGCAACCAGGGCCUUCUUCAAUCAGAAAAACCCAUUGUUCUAAAGGUUGAGUCAAGAGAUGGAACCCUAAGUGGAGAAUGAGUUAUUUAAGGAUUUCUACUUUGCUCUUCAAGAAAGCUGUGCCCCAGGACACCAGAGAUCUCAAUUUACUUUGUCAAUAAAACCUUGAAAUAAAGAUGGGCUUAAUCUAGUGUA